ACUUUAACAUGACUUUAACAGUGGUAACCGGGGAGGGUAUAGGAGUAGAGAUGGGAGGAAGAGGGGGAGGAGGAGGAGGAGGAGGAGGAGGAGGAGGAGGAGGAGGAGGAGGAGGAGGAGGAGGAGGAGGAGGAGGAGGAGGAGUAGGAGGAGGAGGAGGAGGAGGAGGAGGAGGAGGAGGAGGAGGAGGAGGAGGAGGAGGGGAGGGGGACAAGGACAUUGGAGGUGGAGAAGGUGUGGGCAUUGGAGAUGGGGAGGAUGGUCUUGGAGAUGGUACGAAUAGACAGACAAGGGAUGAGUAGGGGAUGAGAACAUUGCAAGAGA